AUGCCGCGCGAGGCCGAGCCGUCGCUCAACGAGAAGGCCUUCUUCCUCCAGGCCUUGCAGGAUGGCCACCGCCUAGACGGCCGCAAGUUUGAGCAGUUCCGCCAACUGGACCUCCAGUUCGGGGACCAGUAUGGAGUCGCAGACGUCACUUUGGGCAAGACGAGGAUACUUGCCAAGGUCUCCGCCGAAGUCACAGUCCCCUACCCCGACCGUCCGUUCGACGGCAUCUUCACCAUCACCACCGAGCUCAGCCCCAUGGCCUCGCCGGCUUUCGAGGUCAACAGACCUACCGAACAAGAGGUGCUACUGUCAAGAUUACUGGAGAAGACGGUGCGGCGGUCGAAUGCACUGGAUACCGAGUCGUUAUGCCUGAUUGCUGGCCAGAAGGUCUGGUCCAUACGAGUCGACCUGCACGUCCUGUCGCACGACGGCAACCUGAUGGACGCGUCUUGCCUCGCCGUCGUCGCCGCUCUACGCCACUUCAGGAAACCCGACACAAGCAUGGAGGGAGAGACCCUCACGAUAUACACACCCGCAGAGCGAGAGCCCGUGCCGCUCAGCUGGCUGCACACGCCGCUGUGCAUCACCUUCAGCUUCUACGGCGACGAGGGCGAGAUGACACUGGUGGACACGACCCUCCUAGAAGAGCAGCUGAAAGUGAGCAGCUGCACCAUCAGUCUGAACAAGCAUGGCGAGAUCUGCCAAGUCGCCAAGCUUGGUGGCACGCCGGUCGACGCCGUAUCGUUGGUGCAGUGCGCCAGCAUCGCCUUGCAAAAGGUCAAGGAGUUGUCGACCCUUUUGGAUCAGAAGCUGGCCGAGGACUCGAAGAGGAGGAACAAGCGAGGACUUCUAGCCGAGCUGUCUGCCGAGAAUGCGAGGUAG